AUGUUUGCCGGAUUUCUCCGUUCAAGCACAUCUGCGCUGUUCUCGGCGUCACGAACAUUACCCAGGACAACGAUACCGACGCGACUGGCCAUACGGCUGAUGUCAAAUGGUCCUCGUACUACUACCGACACCAUUUACCUGGCCAACCUACCGUAUAAUAUGACAGACGACGAUGUACGAUAUGAACUUGGGAGUUUUGGAACGAUAAAGGACGUGAAGAUGGCCGUGAACCCAAAUGGCGUACCGUUGGGCUACGCACAUGUUACAUUUGAUAGCCCAGAAGAAGCUGAGCGUCUAUACCAGUCCCACCAGUCCGAGCCGUUUGUGUUUGGUACUCGUCAGGCACGAAUCGAGCUCAGUAAACAACCGGCGAGGUUACGGGAGCCGCGUGCAUCUCUCGACACGAAAGCAACCCCGACGCGAACUAUUUAUCUUGGAAACCUUCCGUACAACAUGACAGAAGAAGACAUACAGUAUGAGCUUGGCAGUUUUGGCGAGAUCGUCCGUGUAAGACUGGGCAUGAACUCGCGCGGCCUCGCGCUGGGAUUUGCUCAUGUUGAUUUUGCAGACGUGUCUCAGGCCACAAGCGUUUACAAGGCUCACGAAGAGCAGCCCUUCAUGUUUGGCGGUCGUCAGACCAUCAUGGACUAUGGAAAACCGUCAAAAAAAGAUGAGAAAGAGAAACGGAGUCCUUCGGAUACGAUCUUCAUCGGUGGGUUCCCUGAUGGUGCUGAGGCUGAAUUGAGGGAGGCGUUUGGCAAGUUUGGGAGAAUUAUGCGGGUUCAUGUCGCGUAUGACGCAGAGGGAAGAUCUCGACGCUUUGCGCAUGUACAAUUUGCCCAGCAAGAGUGUGCUGAACAAGCGUUCGAACAUUUUAUGAAAGAACCGCUUGUAUUGGACGGUCUUCAGAUGAACAUUGAUUACCAGGAGGCGAGGAAUGCUGCACCUAGAGAUCCAAACCAAAAACUAUAUUUUUAUGACUUUAUUGGAGACGAAAAAGCCAUGCGUGAACUACUGGGUCCGUAUGCGGCAAAUGUAGUGAGCGUGUAUUUCCUGCGCAACAACUACUCGGAAAAAGCAAACGCAGGCUUCAUUCACAUGAGCGACAUCGAGAGCGCAACGGACUUGUUGGAGAAACUCAAUGGAACGCGAACAGGCGAGGGUGCCAGUCUCAAGCUGGAAUACGCUCGUCGUCGAGAUGAAGACAGGGCUCGUUCACCACGAAGAUCUUUUGGUGAUGAUGAGAUGUUCUGA